AGUGCAUCCCUCGCCCUCGUCGCUCUCCAACCGAAACUCGCCGGACGUUCAUUCAGGACACACACGGGGGGGGGAUGAAAGUCAGAGGGCAGCUGCAGAGGCACUUCUGAAAGAGCAGCAGGGAAAGGCAUUCCGUGAAUUUUCUCAUCAGAGUUGGAACCAGGACUUAAACACAGCCCGUCAAGGCUCACAAGAAUUCUCUGAGGUUGCAGAGCUCUGCUGCAAAAGAACAACAGCGGACGUUUAGGUCAGACGCUUUGAAUGUGAGGGAACAAACACGACACCGGAGGCAAUUACAGGUUACGGUGGAGUGAGGAUUGGCCAGAGGUGGCUCAGAAAUUGGGACUCUGGGCGUGGGAGCGCAGCACUCCUGUGGUGGACAAGUGAGGCAGAGCAUCCACAGACGUUCAGAUGGAGAUUUAGUGUCUGUGAGGUGGAGGCUGACUGCGCAGUGAGAAGAGACAGUACAGGAAAAGCAAGGAGUUAUUUUUCCAUGAGGAAUGAAGGGCACAGAAGACGAGGUCUGGUAGAUCCUCAACGAGGCUUUCGUUCAUUUUCAGGAUGAAGAAGAGGUAUGCCUUUUGGAGUCAGCUGAGGAAAAAAUAACUUCUCUAAGUUUUUUUUGUAACACGUUCAUUUCUUAAAGAGACCAAUGAAGGAAUCGGAUCAAAUCAAGGACCUGACCUGGGAUUUUGACCAAUCCUGGGACUCGAUCAUUAAACCGGCCGCGUGCCUUUGCCUAAACACCUUGGAUUUCUCGGACCUCUUCGAUGAAGACGACAGUGAAGAGGAAGAGCGGCUCCUCACCUCACCACCAAGUCAACACCUGUCCGUGGCACCUCCUCCGCCACCUCUUCCACCACCUCUUCCUGCACCUCCCGCUUUACCUUCACCAUCUGAAGGUGCAGGGAUUAAGAGCCACACCUUGAAGCUUCACUGGAGGGAACUCCAGAACCUGACCCCGCUUCCCAAGAUGACGCGCUUUGGGAAGCAGACUAUAUGGGCCGGGCUGGAGCCAGUGCAGUUGGACACGAACCAUCUGGAGUAUUUGUUUGAGUCUAAGGCCACCAGCACCAGUUUUAAGAUGGUUUCUGGGCGGCAGAAGCAGUCGUCUGUUUCAGUGCUGGGCAUGAAGCGCAGUAACAUCAUAACCAUCGCCCUGAGCAGCCUGCCUCCACCUCGCCUCCUCCCUCCUGCUAUCUACAGCAUGGACAGCAGCGUGCUGGACAGAGAGGACAUUCAGCGACUUGGAGCUCUGAUCCCAACAGAGGAAGAGCUUUGCCUGAUCAACGAAGCCAAGGCCCAGAACCCCCACACUCCUCUGGCCCAGGCUGAACUGUGCCUGCUCACUCUGGGGGAAAUACCUCACCUGAGUACGAGACUUCAGCUCUGGACCUUCGCUCUGGACUACGACUCCUUAGAGAAGGAAAUCGCUGAGCCUCUGUUCCACCUCAAGCUGGCCAUGGAGCAGCUGGCCGCCAGCCAGACCUUCAGGUGCAUCCUAGCGACCGUGUUAGCCAUCGGUAACUUUCUCAACGGCUGUAAGGCCCGUGGCUUUGAGCUGAGCUACCUCGGAAAGCUGUCCCAGGUGCGGGACACGCACACGCGCCAGCCGCUGCUGCACCACGUCUGCGUGCUCCUGCUGCAGCUCUACCCACAAUCCUCUGACCUCUACUCUGACAUCACCGCCGUCACUAAAGCCAGCAAGUGUGACUACUCUCUAGUCCAGUCCAACUUUGCGCAGCUGGAGGCCAUGUGCAAAGCAUCAUGGGAGCAGCUGAAGGUUCUGGAAAAGGCUGAGGAAAAGAGGAAAGGAGGAAAAGGAGAUAAGCGGAAAGGGAAAGACGUGGAGAUGUUCGCUCCGGAGGGUUCGCUCCGUCACAAACUGCCCAAGAUCCUGAAAGAGUGCGAGGAGCGGCUGAAGGUCCUGAGAGCCGUCCACCGUCGGGUUAUCAACAGGUUCCACUCGUUCCUCAUGUUCCUGGGUUACUCCCGAGCCAUGGUGCGAGACACCAGAGCGGAGGAUUUCUGCAGGACCAUCAGCAACUUCUCGCUGGAGUACAGGUCCAUGAGGCAGGCCGUCCUCCUGCAGAGGGAGCGGCAGAAGAUCGGAGGUGAAAGCCCGGGGCCCAGCACGCCUGUGGGCAGGAGGAAAGGUCAGCUAACCCCAGCGUCACAGGAAAGCGAUGAGCAAAGUCGCCUGGAGGAAGUGCUGAGAACGCCGGAGUCCGUUCCGAGGAGGGAUGGCAUUUUACCACGAAGCCGCCGACGGAUGGCUGACAUCAAAGAUUCGUUUUCAAGAAAACUGAAGGCAUGACCUUGCUGUUGUUCCCUUUUAGUCACCGGAGAAAGUUAUUUAUGAUGUUGUUGUUACACUGAAAUGUUGAUUUCUUAUAUUCCCAUAUUUUACAGCCGGUGUUUUUUGCGGCAGAGCUUUUGUGGGAUAUGUGGGAAACUUUGCGUUGAGGAUGAUAUUUGUAAUUUGCAUGAGUCAAACCAUUGCGCUUGUUGUAUUGCUCAUAUUUUUUCUUGCUGUCUGGUACUUUAUGCAAUAAAGGUUUUCUGUUUUCAGUCAAAAA